UGUAGGGUAAGAUACGUGUACAGCUGUACUCGCUAUCUGUACAGGGAGAUAAAGGACCAACCAGUCUCCCAAACAGUGAGUCUGAGGUAGAGCAUCAGGUAGACUUUUCCGUGGGUGACACAGAGGAAGUCGGUUAGAACAUGGCCAUGUUGAACUCGGUCCUGAGAACCGUUUGUAGACAGACUGUCGGACGCUGUCAGCACGGGUUGCAGCUGACUGGGCCGGGGACAACUAGUGCUCCUGUCAGGUGGUUAACAUUGAACAGUAAACUGUUGUCGUCGGUGCAGCAGGUCCAAGUAGUAGAUGGCGGGAAAAAGCUCAAUGUCACUUGGGAAGACGGCAAAUCCUUCGACUUCCACAGUAUUUGGUUACGAUUCCAGUGCCCCUGCACGAGCUGUCGUGAGGAAUCCAGUGGUUUAUUCAGAACCCGCCCAGCCGACAUACCGCUAGGCUUAAAGAUUAAAGAGGCCGUAAAAACAGAAACGGGAGACGUACAGGUCCAAUGGAAAGAGGAACAGCACCAUGGAUAUUUCUCGCAGGACUUCCUUCAUCAACACAUAUAUUCCAAGGAUCAUUUGCAGGCGAAGAAGCAGGUGUCCAGACCGGUGUUUAACACAACGAAAAAUAUCGACAUAAUGCCAUGGGAAGAUGUAAACAACUCAGAAAAGGGCCUUUACAGAUGGUUGCGGAAGCUGAAUGAAGAUGGACUAGCAAAAGUAUCAGGAGUUCCCAAGGAACGGGACUACCUAGAGAAAGUGAUCAGAAAAAUAGGCCCAAUCAUCCAUACCCCAUACGGCUAUCUUUUUGAGGUAGCCACUGUUGAUGACCCAGUCAACGCAUCCUUCACCAGCGUGGCGCUGCAUUUCCAUCAAGACCUGCCGGUAUAUGAAGGACAGCCGGGUAUCCAGUUCCUACACUGCCUCAGAUUUGACGAGACUGUGAAAGGCGGAGUGACAAGGUUCCUUGAUAUGUAUCAGGUACUCGCAAAGUUCCGAGUUCAGUAUCCAAAUGAGUUUAAGACACUGUGCAGAGUUCCUAUCUCCAUACAAAUGGAAUACGACAACAGUGACUACCCUGUUCUGAUGUCCAAAAGACGACCUAUAAUAUACCUUGAUGACCAUGGAGAGGUGAUAUCGGUCGUAUGGCAUACGUACAUGCACGCGCCAUUGGAAGUUCCGGAGGAGGACGUCGAAGAGUUUUAUAAUGCUUACCAACUUCUCGGACGAGCAGUCGAGUUUUCUGAGGAUGUAAUUGAGACCAAGCUGAAGCCAGGGGAGGUCAUAGCGUUCAACAAUAGAAGAAUGUUGCACGCACGGUCCGCAUACGAGGAAGGUGGUUCGGGGAAACGUCACUUCCAGGGAGGAUAUCUCAGUGGAGACGAUUUCAAAAGCAGACUUUUAGUUCUGGCAAAGAAAAUGGGAGAUCCAAGGCCUGCGAUCAGAAUUGGAAACAAUGACUGGAGAUAAACGUCCAGCCGUCAAGAUGUGUUUUGUCAUUAAGCAUCGCCAUCAUUUGACAUAAUCGCCCAAUAGUGUAUAUCGAACGAUAAUCCGGCAGUAAAAGGCUUUCACAAACGCAACAAAAAGACAAUACCAAUAUCGUUGUAUCCUGACAUUUAAAUACUGGCUAUUAAGUUGGAAAAGUUAAAUACUCAUCACAGACAUUGUUAAAUAUAUCUUCUUUAAUGUAGUAAUAGUAAAAACAAUAUGUAUAUACAAUAUAGCUGGAAAUUUAUACUAUAUUACCAAUUUAAUCCAAAAUUUUCUUAAUAUCUGAUAAUAUUGAAAAAAGCCCAUCUACAUGCAUGCAUUAUUUAACGUUAUUAACUAUAUAACCUGUUAACACUUUCAAUGAACUUGCUUGACAAAUAUAGUUGCUAUUUUAGUAUGGUCCUAACCUUACCCAUCAAAAUAUGUUUCCCAGUUUUUAGUUUGUCCUGAUCUUGUGUCAAAAUUACCCAAAUCUUGAUAACGGUUCUGUUCUUGUAUUGAAAUCUCCCAAUUUUAUUGUUUGUUCACGGCCACAUAUUCCCGACAGUAGAUCUAUGUCAGGGUUAAACUCUAUGAAAACUACUAGUCCCAAAUAUUAACCUUUAUGUUAAAGAUACUAUUUCGCUGAUCAAGCCCUUUUUAACCAGAAAAUCAACCUUAAUACCAUUAACAUAUUCAACAAAUCUUAUUAAAUAAACAUUACCAAAAAGUUAAAUGUAAAGUGCCAUUUCAACGUAUUUUCAAAUACAUUAUACGACAUGGA